AUGCCGCCAAUUGGUUACAAUUAUGCGCUGGUAAAGGCGUCAUCGGAUUCCGACAAUAUCACCAUCACCUUGAAUUGGAACGGUAGGGAACUCAACUUGGAUCGGAAAAAAAGUGAGACACUUAAUGUGACCCUAGCUAGGCUGAAGCGUUCUCUACAAAAAAAUUCCAACCCUUUAUCAAAGCGGCAGACAAACGUUAUAGAUGUAGAAUUAUGUGAUCAGCCCACUGGUAAAUGCGAAAUGUGGCGCAAACCUAAGAAAACAACGGAUAUGUGUGAUACCUCCAUAAUGGAAUCUACCAUCGAAAAUUCAAUGAGUGCAUCACUUACAGCCAUUACCACAGUGGUAGGAGAUUACUCGAUAUCUUUUCUAACGAAUAUGUUCAAGCCUAUUGAGGAGGAUAAAACAUUAGAAGAAGUCAUACAAAACGCUUCUUUCAUAUCCGUCAAUGAUACGCUCAUACAGGUACAUACGAAUGUGUUUCGUGUACAGGAGGUUAGAGUGGGACCGAGAGCGAUGGUAGGUUGUCCAGUGUCACUGCAUGUAGAGUCGGACGGGCAUUGGAGAAAUGAUGUCUAUGUGGAAUGGCUCGAUGAAAAAGGAUGUAUCCUACACCAUGGCCCAAUUUAUGUGCCAACUGAGGAUAUGGAAGGUCGCCAUAUAAAGGCGAGGGUGUCACACAAACAAUUAAGGUGGAAUGUCGUCAACUCCAAUUAUUGUGAAGUAUUUGACAGCCCAAAAAACCGAUGGCAACAAGAGCGCAUAGUGGCUUUCAACAAUGCUCCGGUGAAAAAUUCUCUACUACAUUUGCAAAGUAAACAAGGGGGUAUUCGCGUUAUGUCCUUUAAUAUACUAUCUCCGACAUACGUCUCGAAUGAAGAAGCGAUCGAUAGGUUCUUUCCUUACUGUUCUCCAGAGUGGUUGGAUAGCAGUUUCCGCAAUCCACUUAUACUCAGAGAAAUACUUUUGGUUAAUCCGCAAGUUAUUUGUCUUCAGGAAUGCUCAACAAGCGCUUAUCGCGAGUAUAUGGAACCUAUUCUGAGUCAGAACUAUCACGCGUGGUUAACCAUAAAGAAUCAAGCCUCCGACGAGGGUUGCUGUAUGUUCUUGCAGAAGGGGGUAUUUGACGUAUUGGAGGUGCAAGGUAUCUCCUUCAAAGAGGAAAUUAUAAAACCGGAAUAUCGAGGGGUGCUAACGAGGAUAGGGGCGGCCAACUGGUUGAAUUAUGACCCAGAUACGUAUUUCAACAGAUAUCAUACAAUAUUCCAAAUGUGUUGUGUUAGGAACAAAUUAGAUGAUGGUGGCGGUGUCCUGUUUCUAGCAAAUACCCAUCUAUAUUUUCAUCCUCACGGCCGCCAUAUACGUCUCCUGCAAGCAUAUGUAUUGCUUAACGAACUGGAACGAUUCAAGCGGCAAUGCGGUAACAAACACAGCUUUGAUGUUAACGUCGAAUCGAGCACUAUAAUUUGUGGAGAUUUUAAUUCCUUCAAUACAGAGGGGACCUUCCAGAUAAUAACGAACGGGUGGGUUCCCUAUGAUCAUGAGGAUUUUGAUUACGGCCUAAAAUUUGGGUAUGAAAGGUUCAAUCCAAACGAGCACAAUGCUAAGUUUCCUAGGGGGAGGAAAGAGGAGAAUGCGAGCCGUAGGUCGGACUCGGAAGAACGGUUGGAAGUUCCCAACUGUACAGGAUACCAGGAUUCAUAUGGAGGCGAAGAACUACCAUUCACAAACUUUGUCAAAACGUUCAGUGGCACACUCGACUACAUUUUUCAUUCCAAGAAUCUACAGGUCAAGCGUUGUAUGCCCGGCAUAAGCCAAGAAGACGCGGAAGAAUUUGAAGGUCUACCAUCCAAGUUAUACCCUUCAGAUCAUAUUUCAAUAGCUGUCGACUUUUUUUAG